CAUGUACAAUUUAUUUACUUUACAGGAUUUGCAAAAUACUAAAAAAAAAAAUUACACAUGUCGCAUGAAUUAUCUAUUUUGUUCGUAAAAACAUAAUUCCUAUUAUGUAUAGAAAUAAAUAAAUCUAGAAUCCUAUUCGUGUAUUAAUUAAUUAUAUCUGACAUUAUCAUUGGCAAGGUCAAUUUAAAUUAGAAAUCCAUCUAAGAAAUUAUAUUCUCCCAAUAUAAUAGUAUAUUUAUUUGUAUAUCUCAUAUGUGCACUUAUUUAUUAAAUACGAACUAUAUUUGUUUACGUACGGAUUAUGUACGAGUAUUUAUUAAAUAACACGUUAGAACAUUGGUAUUCAUGCAUUUAUGCUACUUGUCAUGAAUAGGUUACAUACAUCAGGGCCAACAUACAUGUAGCAAAAUUCAUUUUCAAAGCGCAUUAGUUCACUUGUAAUAAAUAAUACUUUAAUAUUUGCAUUUGAUAAUCUUACAUUGUAAAUGUCGCAUAGUUAACAGAUUUCCGCUACUUUGUAGCGAUUCGUUCGACUUGUUGCAUAUGUUCAUGGUCACAAGAGUAGAGCUUGGGGGCCCUGGUUUCAGACGAACGGUAGUAGAACAAUAGGAAUUUGUUUGGAGUUGGAAAAAGAAGAGUAUAUAUAUUCGGCGUGCGGUAUUCGGGUGUAUACCCAGGUAUUCCUCUCGAACGUCGCAAAGUAACGCUUUCUGGUGCACCGAUAUUUUUUAAGUGUUAAUUUAUUUGCGAUUAGAACUGCUCAGUGUUAAUCAACGUUAUUUUUGACUGUUUAUGACGGGAAAUGUAUCACGUGAGAACAUGGAUCCACUCAAGAAUCCGGAUUCUCUGUCUCUGGACAAACUAGAGAUAUGUAUAAAAGCAGAUGGUGUUCUUGAGUCUGUUAAUGCUAUGGAUAAAAGGUGGGUGGAAGAUCAUUAUUUUUUAAAUUACGAAGAUCCUAAAAUAUAUAAUGAGGACGGAUCUGAAAUUAUGGGGGCAAAGGAACGUUGGAUGGAAAUUGUCCAAUGCAUGAUUGAUGAUUUAAAAUGGUUACUUAGCCUCCAGUUUUACAGAUUCUGGUCGAACAUCGUAUACAAUAAAUCGAUACUAAAUGCAUUAGUAUCUUUUCUACAAGAAGCACCACCAUUUUAUGCUUUAGAAACUUUUUCAAACUGUCCAGAAAUGUUGGAACUUCUAGAAACUCUUAGUCGCUAUGUGCUUAUGACCUUUACACGUCUUGUGACAAACAAGGAAAGCAGCGGGGAAUACAUGGAUCGUUCAUUUCUUGGAAACCUAUUGUAUGAAAAUUUCAUAUUUACGGUACCAAUUAUCUUUGAUCUCUGUCAACUUUAUGGCCGAGAAAAUGAUAAAAUAAUGAAGAGACUUUUAAAGAGUUUAUUCAUAUUAGAACCACGGUACAAUAAUGAUAUUCAAAAAGCAGUUCCUUGUCUUAUAGAGGCCUUUGAAAAUGUUGAAAGAAAAUUCACUAGUCCUGUUUGCAAUGCCAAUGAAGCAGUUUCGCUACUGAAAGAAACUCCAGAACUUACAUUAUUUAAUUUAGAGGAUAUGAUAUUAUAUGUAUUGGAUAUAUCAUCAACGAUUACUGUGUUUUUAAGAAAUUACCCACCUGCAGUGAGUACAUUUCAUAGAGAAGAUUUUAUGAAUAAAAUUGUUUCGAUAUAUGAGGGCACAAUACCUGAGAUGUAUAAAAAAUUAGGUAAGCUAGGAUAUAAUGAAGCAAAUAUAGCGAAAUAUAUGGAACUGAAGCAUCGAUUAGAUGUGAUAAGGGUUGAAAUUUUACAGCUCUUUCGAACUAUAAUAUACGAACCCAUAACGAAUACACAGAACAAUUUAAAUACGAUGACAGAAGCAGAAAUAAAAAAUCAUGUUGAAGAAUAUCUUACAUUUUUAACCAGUGCAAUUUCGGAGAAAGAAUUCAUUACAGAUUACGAUCGAUUUUAUCCAGUAACAUCGGAUCUGAAAAUUUUGUCAAAUAUUUGUGCUGAAGUUGAUGCAAUAAAAUGUAAUUACAUAUUGAACUCGAUCAGUGCAACUGUUGGAAAAUCAAAUACUCCGUCUGCUGCUGUCUUCAAUGAUGUAAUUGAAGGCGUAGCUGGACCUAGUGGUGUUCAAACUCGGGCCGUAACAUCUAGUGGUAGUUUAAGUUCGUCAAAUGAGAAGAGAAUACCUUUAAUGAAGAACGGCGUUAAAUUGGCCUCACUUAUAACUGAGGUUCAAGAUAUCUUUAAUGAUUUAGACGAACGUUUUAUCGAGAUGUGUUUGGAACAUUACAAAUAUGAUACUGCGUCUGUGAUAAAUGCCGUAUUGGAAAAUACAUUACCACCCCAAUUGGAAAAAUUGAAAGACUUAAAACCCACAGUGAACGAUACACCGCCAGAUUACACGCAUUGUAUUCCAAUCUACAAUGACCAAACUGUUGACCCCGAUGAAUUGGACGAGUUCAGUGACGAUAACGAUGACGACGUUCGCGUUAAAACUCGCGAAGUCAUCGAAGUACCCAAAGAUUAUAUAACGAGAAAUUACAGCUUUAUAGAUGAUUACGAGGAUGAAUAUGACGAUACGUAUGAUAACAGAGAUUCGCGCAGUACUACACAAUACGAUUCCGUUGAGAUAGAUUCCAGACCUUUUACUACUCCAAGAGUACUCCUCCCAAGGCGAAAAGUCGAUAUGGCUAAUGAAUCUGAAUCGGAGGAUGAAGAAUUAGGAGCUGAACAAAACGGUAAAGAUCAUUUUCUACAGAAUCCGGCCGAAUUGCGUACUAGAGCUGAAGAACGAAGGCAAGCUAAUCGAGGCAGAAGAGCUUCAAGCAACGUAGCUGGUAAACCCAGAGGACAAGGGCAAGAGAAAGAAAUCUUAUUCAAUAGGCAGCAGAAAAACACCCAUAAAGCAUCACGUGCUAAUCACAAUCGCCGUUCGGGUGCUCAAUGGAAACGAAAUCAAGGAAUGGUUCCAUCUUAAAUUUAUCUAUACUUCUACAAUAUCAAUGUAAAUACUGCCAUGUGAUAAAUACAUUCGUACCCACGAUAGCUCAACAGCA